AUGUCCACCAUGUCCACCACAAAGCCCUACCAAUGGAUCUGUCUCCGCGAUCUCAAACCAACUCGCAACACCACCGUCACAACCACGCACCAUCGCCAACUCUCCUCAACAUCAACCCAACCACCACCCACCUCCCCAUCCCACGAAACCCGCGAAGCCGAAACCAAAGCCUACCUCGCCCAAACCGACACCCACCUCCUCCAAAAAGCCAAAGCCGACCUGAAAGCCCUAACACAAACCAUAAAAGCCUACACGUCCGUGCCCCUACCGCGCUUCCACCCCCCGACCCCCUCCCCAUACCCCUACAUCAGACUCACGCGCCGCAUGACAAACCGCUACAAAGGUGUCUACAACCUCAUCCCCACGAGCACCUUCUACCGCGAACUCCUAUCCACACAGGCGAAAUUUGUUAAGAUUUCGGAAACUAUUAUGCAGCAUUUGGAGGAUCUGGAACGGCUGCCGUACCCGGAAGAUGAGGAUUUGAAGAGUUGGAGGGAGAGUAUCACGAGUGGGGAGUUUGGGAAGGAAGCCAAGGAGGAAGCUUUGGAGGAGUUGGAUCGGGUGGAGAUGGCGUAUCGGGGACGGUUGGAGUCGUAUGUUGACAAGUUGAAAGAGGAAGUGGAGGCGGUGGGACGGUAUCAGGAGGCGAUGGAGUUGGAGAAGACGAGGAUAGAGGUCAAGGAUCUGAGGUUUGAGGGAAGAGGGGACGCGGGGAAGAAGCAGUCGACGGCGCCUCAGGAGGGCUGGCGUUCUGCAACGACAAAGGUGGCGCAGAAAGAAAGUGGACAGCAAAAGCAAGAGCAAGAAUCCAUAUCGGAAACACAGCUCAAGAAGAAACCUAGCCUGUUGGAGUUGCAGAAAAGGGUGGACAGUAAGAUAGGAACAGGCUGA